ACCCUAGAUCCGUCAAUACUUCCCUUUAAUUCACUCAUUAGCCGACUUCUCAAAAAACCCCUCUCUCUCUCUCUCUGAAAACCUGGUUUCUCCGACCAGGUAUAUUCCAACUUAGCGGAGGGGUAAUUUCGGAAGAGGAAAAAAUGAACGGCGGCGAUGUGAACCAGCAGCAGCAACAGCAACAGCAGCAGCAGAUUCAGCACCAGCAAUGGGUGGCGAUGCAGCAGCAGUACCAGCAGCAGUGGAUGGCGAUGCAGUACCCUGCCAUGGCGAUGCAGCAGCACAUGAUGUACAAUCAGCAAUACGUGCCGUACUACCAUCCGCAUCAGCAGCCGCCGCAGCAGCAGCAGUAUCAGCAGCCGCCGCCGCCGCCGCAGGCGUUGAAGCAGAACAAUCAGAUUCAGAGCUCCGCUGAAGAUAACAAGACGAUCUGGAUUGGAGAUCUCCAGCAAUGGAUGGAUGACGGUUAUCUGCAGUCGUGCUUUGCUCAAUCUGGGGAGGUCGUUUCAGUCAAGAUAAUCCGCAACAAGCAGACCGGUCAAUCAGAGAGAUACGGAUUCAUCGAGUUCAACUCUCAUGCAGCAGCAGAGAAAGUUCUGCAGAGCUACAAUGGCACGAUGAUGCUUAAUACAGAACAGCCCUUCCGCUUAAACUGGGCAGCGUUUAGUGCGGGUGACAGGCGCCCCGAUAUUAUUCCUCCUCCUACUACCCCUGGUUCUGAUUUGUCGAUAUUUGUUGGAGAUCUAGCUACUGAUGUCACUGAUGCACUAUUGCAUGAUACCUUUGCCAGUAGGUAUCCAUCUAUCAAAAGCGCAAAAGUUGUGGUCGAUGCAAAUAGUGGUCGCUCCAAAGGCUACGGCUUUGUCAGAUUCGGUGAUGAAAACGAGAGAACUCGAGCCAUGACUGAAAUGAACGGUGUGUAUUGCUCUAGCAGACCUAUGCGAGUUGGCGUGGCAACUCCCAAAAGACCCUCACCACAGCAGCCACAGUAUUCUUCACAAGCUGUUGUGUUGGCCGGUGGUGGAUUUGCAAAUGGUGUUGUGCCACAAGGCCAAGCUGAGAACGAGUCAUCUAACACAACAAUAUUUGUGGGAGGACUUGACUCUGAUGUUACUGAUGAAGAGCUGAGGCAGGCUUUUGUCUCGUCCGGUGAGGUUAUUUCUGUAAAAAUACCAGCUGGAAAGGGAUGCGGCUUUGUACAAUUUGCCAACCGAAACGGUGCAGAGGAUGCUCUUGAGAGAUUAAACGGAGCAGUUAUCGGCAAGCAGACAGUUCGUCUUUCUUGGGGUCGCAAUAUGGGAAACAAGCAGUUUAGGACGGAUCAAAAUGGUCAAGGGUACAACGGGGGUUACUACGGAAGGCAAGGUUACAACGGGGGGUAUGGAUAUGGACCGUCUUCAAACGGUCAUGGUAACCAUCAGCAGACUGUCAGCUAACCCGAACCCGCCUAUAUAAUAUGCUCUCUCUGUAUUGAGCUUAUGUAUCCACAAAACCCAGAAAUCUGUGGGUAAAAGAAUUUUGUAGCUUGGAUUAAAAUAUCACGUCCGACGAACCUUUUUUUUUUCUUUUCUUUUUUUUUUUCGAACUUGUGAUUGAGAUAUGACUUUUUAAACAGUUUGUUAUAAUGGUUCUAGUGUUGGUAAUUAUUUUUUCUUCUGAUUUCUGAGGGCCUUACUAAAGAUUAAUCGGACAUUGUUUUAUUACAUAUACCUACUUUUCAAGAAAAUGGUUUGAUCAUUGUAUUUGUAUACGAGAUAAUAACAGGUCGUUUUUAUUUA